UCCCCCUCUCCCCGGGGGCGGGGCCGUUGCUGACAUGGCGGGGCUCGAGAUAGUAACAGGGGAGGGGGGUCGGUCACGUGGCGUCCUCGCAACCGCGCCGCGCGCGCGCGCGCGCCCUCUCUCCUGUGGGUGGCGCGGGGCCGGGAGGCCUAAGCGAUCCCAGGGUGCUGUGCGCGGCGCGGGCUCCCUCCGCCAUCCCGCUGGGAGAGACGGUCUGUGCGGAGCCCGGCCAGCGAGACGCCGCCUGCGCGCAGAGCUCCGCCGCCGAACGGACAUGUUAGCGCGGAGCCCCUGAGCGGGACCGAGCCUCCCGCCUCCCGCCGCGGGCACCCGCACCAGCCGCCGCCAACAUGGAGGCCGUGAACGCCUUCAACCAGGAGCUCUUUUCACUCAUGGAGAUGAAACCUCCUAUCUCCCGAGCAAAGAUGAUUCUCAUUACUAAAGCUGCCAUUAAAGCUAUUAAGCUCUACAAGCAUGUAGUCCAGAUAGUAGAGAAGUUUAUCAAAAAGUGCAAACCAGAAUAUAAAGUCCCUGGAUUAUAUGUUAUUGACUCUAUUGUUCGUCAGUCUCGUCACCAAUUUGGAACAGACAAGGAUGUUUUUGGGCCAAGAUUCUCUAAAAAUAUAACUGCCACAUUCCAGUAUUUAUAUCUCUGUCCAUCUGAAGACAAGAGUAAGAUAGUUCGUGUCCUGAACCUUUGGCAGAAAAAUGGAGUGUUUAAAAUAGAGAUCAUUCAGCCUCUCCUGGAUAUGGCAGCAGGAACUAGUAGUGCAGCCCCGAUGGCAGAAAAUGCUACAAAUAAUGAAGGUUCACCACCCCCUCCAGCAAAGGUUCUAUCUGAACCCACCCAAGUCAGUGGUAAUUCAGUACCUACUGUAUCACAGUUGCCUAGUUCUGAUGCCUUUGCAGCUGUAGCUCAGUUAUUUCAGACAACACAAGGACAACAGCUUCAGCAGAUUCUUCAGACUUUUCAGCAGCCUCCAAAACCCCAGUCUCCAGUCAUAGAUAAUACUGUGAUGGCUCAGGUUCAGGCUAUUACUGCUCAAUUGAAGACUACGACAACACAACCACCAGAACAAAAAGCUGCUUUUCCACCCCCUGAGCAAAAAACGUCUUUUGAUAAGCUGCUAGAUCGAUUUGACUAUGAUGAUGAGCCAGAAGCAGUAGAAGACUCAAAGAAAGAGGAUUCAACUCAGUCUCCUUCCAUUUCUCAACCACCAUUUGGAUUUCCAGGAGAAGGUAUGCAACAGCCGGUAUAUCCACAGCUCCCAAAUAUAGACCCAUUUCAACCGCGGCUGAUGGGAAUGCAGCAAGAUCCAAUGCAUCACCAGGUCCCACUCCCUCCUAAUGGACAAAUGCCAAGUUUUGGACUUCUACCUACCCCACAGUUUCCUCCCAUGACUCAGCCUGUGAUACCGCCAACACCAGCAGUGCAGCAAACUUUCCAAUCUCCUUUCCCAGUACAGAGUGAACCACACAUACAGAAAACACAUCAGCAGGAUAUGGAGGUGGAACAGCCCUGUGUUCAGGAAGUUAAACGACAUGUUUCUGAUAACAGAAAAUCAAGAUCUAGAUCGGCAUCAAGAUCUCCAAAAAGGAGACGAUCGAGGUCUGGAUCUCGAUCUCGAAGAUCGCGUCAUCGUCGCUCUCGUUCCCGAUCUCGGGAUAGGCGCCGACACUCUCCUAGAUCUCGGUCGCAGGAGAGGCGUGAACGAGAAAAAGAGAGAGAACGCAGGUCAAAAGGCCUUCCUCAAAUCAAAUCAGAAACUGUUAGUGUAUGUAGUACUACACUCUGGGUAGGACAACUAGACAAAAGAACAACUCAGCAGGAUGUUGGAAGUCUUUUAGAGGAGUUUGGCCCGAUUGAAUCUAUAAAUAUGAUACCGCCUAGAGGAUGUGCCUAUAUUGUAAUGGUUCACAGACAGGAUGCUUACCGCGCCCUACAAAAACUGAGCCGAGGCAACUUCAAAGUCAAUCAGAAAUCUAUAAAGAUUGCGUGGGCUUUAAAUAAAGGAAUUAAACCAGACUAUAAGCAGUAUUGGGAUGUAGAAUUAGGUGUUACCUACGUACCAUGGGACAAAGUGAAGCCUGAAGACCUUGAAAGUUUUUGUGAAGGAGGAAUGCUGGACAAUGAAACUCUUAGCCCAGAGUGGAAAGGAAUUUCUAAGAAAUCUGAAAAUGAAGUAGCUCAAAAUGGAGGUGCAGAAACUACACAUAAUGAACCAGUGUCACCUAUCCCUAAAGCAUUGCCUGUUCCAAUUCCUGUUCCCAUACCGGCACCUAUAACAGUACCUCCUCCACAGGUUCCACCACAUCCAUCGGUUCCACCACAUCCAUCAGGUCCUCCUGUAGUUGGUGCACUUCAGCCACCUACUUUCACGGCUCCUUUAGGGAUCCCUCCUCCUGGGUUUGGCCCUGGUGUACCACCACCUCCAUUUUUGCGACCUGGAUUCAAUCCAAUGCAUUUGCCCCCAGGUUUUCUUCCUCCUGGACCGCCACCUCCUAUAACCCCUCCAGUAUCUGUUCCUCACACUCCAGGAAUAAGCAUCCCAAAUUCUACUGUGGCUGGCAUAAAUGAAGACACUACAAAAGACUUAUCUAUUGGAAAUCCCAUUCCAACUGUGGUUUCUGGAUCAAGAGGGAAUGCUGAAAGUAGUGAUGGUUCCAAAAUAUUUGGGACUGUUCCACCACCUGUAGCACCUACUAACAUACCUCCACCAGUCACCCAACCUAUUCCACUUCUUGGUACUCCAGGGGUUACACCACCUGCUCCUGUGAUCGGGCUACAGGCACCAUCUACUGGCCUCCUUGGUGCACGGCCUGGUUUAAUACCACUCCAGCGACCUCCAGGAAUGCCACCACCUCAUCUACAACGGUUUCCCUUGAUGCCACCUCGGCACAUGCCUCCCCAUAUGUUGCACAGAGGUCCACCCCCAGGACCAGGGAGCUUUGGAAUGCCUCCACCACAUGGAAUGAAAAACCCUUUUCCACCACCUGGCCACUUUGUCAGGCCUGGUGGGAUACCAGGAGUUGGAGGACCAAGUGGGCCUGAAGAUAAUAGAGAUGGAAGGCAGUUUAGGAAUGAUAGGCAGACAUUCACUCCUAAUAGAGACCAGGAAAGGUUUGGAAGGAGGUCUUUUGGAAACCGGGUAGAAAAUGAGCGUGAGCGCUAUGCUAACCGCAAUGAUGAUAGAGAUCAUGAGCGACUUGGUAAUCGCGAAAGGAGAGAAUGGGGAAGAAGAAGCCCUGAACGUGAUAGACAUAGAGACUUGGAGGAGAGAAAUAGACGGUCCAGUGGACACCGAGACAGAGAGAGAGAUUCUAGAGAUAGGGAGUCUCGUAGAGACAAGGAAGAAAAUCGAGGAAAGGAAAAACCUGAGCUGACAGACAGGGCAGAUGGUGACAAAAACCAUGAAUCUCAUAGUGGCAAAGUGGAAAAUGCAGACAUUGUUUCAGAACUUAAUAAAGGGGAGUCUGAACCUACAGGUAUAAAACCUGAUGAAGAGUUAACAUCUGAGGCUACCUCAUCUGCUGAGCAAGCCGAAAAGGAUACCGGCUCAGUUGUAGAGGCUCCUCGCUAGAGACUGGAAUUUGUCAAAAACGUGACAGUGACAUUUAAUGGAGUGUAGAGCUUUAGAGUUGUACAGUACUGCUGUAUUAUAUUUGCUUCUGCUAUACCACAGCCCCUCAGUAGUUUGUGGGGAAUUGUAAGCAAUUUGAUUGCUUCCCUUCUAUUUAAAAUAGCGUCAACAUAACACAAAAUACUGAAGAUAUGAAUAUUACCCAUUUUUGCUGUAACUUUUUUAAAGUUUUGACUUUAAAAAGUUUACAAAUCAGAAGUAGAAGUGCUUUCUAUUUUUUUUUUUUUUUAAUUUAAGAAAAGGUAACGGUGAAAGCUCCUCAAAACAAUAGGGAUGUGUUUUUAAUAAACUCUAUUUUCGUAACAAACUUUAACGUGUGCUAUUCUUCCUACACUGCACUGAAGUGGAAAAGGAUUGUUCAACAUCUUAAAGUUUGAACUGUUAAUGCUGUACUGGAGUCUAAAUUAGACUGUUUUGUUUAUAAUUGUUAAAAAGAAAUACAUCUGUUUGUGUAGCUAUUCACAAAAGCAAAUUUUUAUUUGUAAUAGUUAUUUUGAUUUUUAGAUUGCUGCAUUUUAAUGAUCUACUUGACCAUACUAGGUAAAGGUUAGUGGUUUUAAAAUGUUAUUUGAAGAGGUAAUUGUUUAAGUGUUUUGCAAUGCAAUCAAGGUUUUAUUUUUUCUCCAAUUGGUUCUAUAAUAAAUGUUGCCCUAAUUAACCUUUAAAAAUACUUACUGACAAAGCAGACCACUUCAGAAAGUCUGCUCUGCUUGUAAUGUUAUAUUAAGAUUGUGUGUGGUGGGCUGGGGAAGCACCAGUUCAGCAUCUUUUGUACUUGUAAUUCAUUAAUGCUUUUUGGAAAGGGGGGUGGGAGAGAAAUCAGAGACACCAAAUCACCAAUUUAAAAUGCUAACCUAUUUUUUUUAAGUGGGGAUGGGAAGUGGUGGUGGGGAUAUUCAAGGAUUUUUUUAAAAUGCUGUCUGUUCCUUCACACAAGUCUAGCCAAUUACUAUUGUUUGUUUAUAUUAAAAUUGCCUAUCUCCUGUACUCUAGCAAGAGGUAGGCUUAAACUUUUUGCCCAUGUGGUGGUGUAACUAUCAAACUACCCAUUCCUGUAUUUGUGGAAGUUUAACUGUUCUUUCUCCAUCUGACAAAUUAUUUUUUGUAAAAUAAACGACAACAGGGCAAGUACUAAUUCUAAUAGCCCUUCUGCUGCAAACAGUUUAGAGGCUGCCAACAGUAAUCUGAACCAAAUCCCAAAGAAUUCUGCAUCUGGAAGCUCUUUCUCCUUGAUUACCCUGUGCACAAAAAAAUGAGGCUUAUGUUACACAGAGGUUCAUCUGAAGCCUGUUACAGUAUAAAAUGUAGUGGAAAAAAUUGUAUGACUUGUCCAUGUUCAAAUGUUUUUCCCCUGGGGGUAGAUGUGCUCUGCAUUUUAAAGUUGAUUUUUCUUAAGUGAAGGGCAGCUGCUUUCUUACAUCAAUACUUUUUCAUAGCUGGGAUUUUUUGGGAGGGAGGUAACAGUAGGGGGAGGAUGGGGGGGAAGAGGACAUAUAUUUUUGUUCUUGCAAUAGCAGAAUAAAGAGAAAAAAACUGUUUACAUACUUGCAGUGAACUCAAAUUCCAUGUGUUAAAAUUUGUGUAUCUGUAAUGUUUGUUCUGUGGUGGGCCACUGGACUGCACCUUUUUUUAAUAUAUAACAAGUAUUUGUCCAAGUUUAAAACUGUCUUAGUAACAACUGUCAUAAUUCUAUAAGGGAGGGAGGUCUUUUGAUAAAAUGUAUCCACUCAAAGCCAUGGAAACAAGCAUUUAUGUACUAUAGGUUAUGAGUCACUCUACACUUCCACCAUCUCCAUUUAGAAAUCAGAUUUUCAGUCAACUUCUUAAAUGGUUUGCAAUGCCAUUUUUUAAUGCCCUGUAUGCAAUCUUUUUUACGCACUAAAGGUAAAUAUGGUUUGUGUGGCACUAACAUUGUGAAAUAGUGCAUAGUUGGGGCUAGCCUACUUUGAUUAAUAUUUAACUGCUUCCAGUUUUCAGCUAACCUUUGAAUUCCCCCUGAGAAUGCCUGUAAGGUUACACUUAAAUCUGUGCAACCAGACAUUGCUGAGAAGGUGCUGAACUUUUUCUUUUCAUGAACUCAAGCAACUGGAAAGGAGUAUUUUGAUAGUAAAUGGAACCUGUGCCUACUAGUCCUCCCUUUCCAUAUAUACUAUUCUGUUUGGUCACUUCACCUGAAUAUUUAAUUCUAGUGUAGAAUUUUGUUUUGAAAGUAAAUAUCUGGCCCAGUUGCACAUAAGGCAGUUACUCUAUAAAAAGUAGGUUAACCUGCAGUGAGAUGUGCUGGACAAGUUUCCCUGCCACCAUGGAUCAAUCCACAUCUGCAACACUACAGUGCCUAAUACAGAGUUGGCCUUUUUAGUAAGCCAACUUCAGUUAUUUUACAAUGUAGACAAAGAAUGUCUUCUCCCCUCCUGAAGUAAAAUCAAACUUGCUUUUAAAGGAAAGGGGUAUUAGGGAAGAUAGCAGUAUUGGUACACACCUUAGUUCAAAGGUUCAGCCUCCAGUGGUUGAGUAAUGCUAAAACCCUGAAACAGCCACUCACUUGUCAGUACUGCUGUCAUAGACAAGGCACUGUGUAGAGUAACAGAAUGGUAGGGUUGCAUAGAGCUUGUACAUGAUUGUUUGCCACCUCUAAUGAACAACAGCAUGUGUUUUCUACAGUUCUGUUGCUAUUCAGAGAACCAUUCCAUUUGUAAUGGAUUACAUGGGAAUCUAGGGGCUAGAAGUGCCACCAACUACUUCCAUGGCUCAUGUAUUUAAAAUAUAAAGGAAUGUUAAGAUUUAAAUUCUUUGAGACAAACACUUGUAUUUAAAGAGUAGUAUAUACCAGGAAUUACUGGGCCAUUGAAAUACCUAGUUGCUAUAAUACUGUAUAUAGCAAAGUAAAUAACUACCUGGGGAAGAAAAACCUUACAUGAAUUUCAGGUGGUAUAGGCACCAUCCAUAUGCUUAAGUGCUGCAUUGCCAUUUUACCAAAAUGACCUGGGCCAAGCCAUUUCAGCUAGUCAACCAAAUUAGUUCAAGAGAUAUAUAUACUUUCAGCAAAUGCAUUAUCUUAUGGAUAAAGAUCCAUAAGACUAGUGCUGCAUAAUACUACCUGCUUAGCAGGUAAGGCUACCAGCAUAGAUGAUUGCCCUUGUUCUCACUACCACCUCUGUAACUGAAGUAGCAACAUAAAGCCCCUCUCUGUGCUAGGAUAGUAUUAUGUUUGUUUUACUUUACUUCCCUGCAUAGCUACAGCUUGGGGGGAGAAAAAAAUUUUCUACUGAAGUUUCUUUCCAGGUUUGAUACUUGAGCAACUGUGUGGUUCCUUACAUCAGAGGCAGGGUUAAGUUUUACCCUUAAGCUGUCAGAAUUGACCAUGUUGUAUGGCAAUUUUAAUCAGUUUAGUAUUGCUACAAGUGAAUAGUCAGAAAGGUGUGCCCAGCAUUUGGUUCAAUAAUACUGCCUUUCAACAGAGAGGGGAGGCUGCAAUUUUUUUUUUUUUUUUUAAAAAAAGACUGGAGUAGUAAGACUGUUUUGUUUUCAGAUAUUUCAUUGAGGUUUAGUGUUCUGGUCUUCCAGAAUGGAAUAGAGAAGUGAACCCACCUAGGGAACCCUGUUUACAUGAUCAAUGGUGCUAGGGGUUGAAAGAAUGACUUCCAGUGCAGCUGUUACCCUGGUGUAUAACUAUGUCCCUUCAUUAUAGAAGGUUUUACUGUUAGUAUUACCAUGUUCUCCUAGGCCUUAAGUAACUGCUGCACUUAAGGUUUUAGGAACUGGAAACCACUGCAUACAUGCAAGUUGCUAUUGACCCUAUCCAUCUUUAGGAGUGGGUUUUUAAUCAUACAGAGAUGACUUUAGAACAGAUUAACAGAAAACUACAUAUUUCCAUCAACAUUUUAAUUGCAGUACACAUACAAAAUUAAGUCAUUUAUACUGUUCUAGCCAAUACAUACUGAAGAUAGCAGUAAGAUUAAAGAAAGCUUUUGUCAGAACAAUGUACAUUGCUAUAUAGCCUACUUAUCAUUUGCACUUUAAGUGCUUCCAAGUAGUCAAUAUUUAGAGUUUAGCUAUUCCAACAACACCACAAGCCAGACGACUACCAGCAUUGCCAGUUUUUAAACUCUCAUCAUUUCCUCCUUUACCCAAGUCAUCUUCUUUCUCAUGGACCUAAAGGGGAAAAAAUGGAUUAAGAAUUAACCCUAUGUUAAAUGGCAAGAUAUUAACAUUUCAACCUUAACCAUGCGGCUUAAGUGAUUAAAUGGCAGUACUCCCUCUGAAUUCUAGUUCAUAACACCAAAACAAGUUAAGCAUUUGCCAUCUAGUUUAAUAUAUUGAGGAAAGAUCUACUUCACUCAUGUUGCUGGAAACAGUGUCUUAGAAGUUAAGCACUUCCAGAUAAGAGUUUGAUUAGAGUGAGCAAGGUUCAAAUAAUUGUGCUGAAUAUUAAAAUGCACCUAACUUGACACUCAUGCUGAGUAAUUAUGAGCAUAGCACUGCCUUAAGUUUAGAUUGGCCAUAAGAGUAACCUCCAGUUCAGUUCUUAUUUGCAAGCUGAAGUGCCCAUCAAGUUAAAAUCCAAAUUUAGAAAUACUAGCCUUAAAAUCUUGGCACCAUUACCCAAAAUGGGAGCGUUAAGCUAUUUAAGAUUCAAAUUCAUCCCUGCAACGGGGACCCAAGCCAACAGGAAGAUUUCAAUAGCAAGUAGUAGGUUAAAGCAUUCAUAGCUAGUACCUGUGCUGUAAACCUAAUGGAUGGCACAAGUCAUUUCUCUGCUUGGUCAAACACUGAUGCAGGCCAAUAACAGCAGUGGUGAUUUUAUAGUGCAUUCACAAUCCAGUGAUGCUACUGCAUCACACCAGUUACCUUGCAUAGUAUACCUCCUGAACAAGAACAUUGCAUUAAAGUACAGUAGUCUACAACAGAGAUCCAGAGUCAGUGUUAUGGCACUAAUUAAGUUGCUGCUAACACAGGUUAGCAGUUUUACUAUUAAGUCACUUUAUAGACCCUUGUUGCUAGAGUGCCUCUUGUCAAAUCCUUCACUGAAUCAGAUUACCUGUAGUCAGACUAGUUACCUAAAAGCCACACCUAAAUACUAGAGGAAGCGAAGCAAAGCAAAGACACCAGAUCCAGUUUCCUCUAGCCAACUGUCUUUAUCUCACCCAUUGAAUGAGACUUGGCAGGAGAGAGUUAGAAAGAAGCAAAAAUUAAGUGAAGGGAGUAAUUGAGCUUCAGAAUCUAGCCUGCCAGAAGCCAGCCAGGAAGACACUUGCAGAAAUCAAGUAGUUGGAGUCAACUGUGUGACAAGUGGCACCAAUCAUGAAAUGCUUUAGGUGACAUUAGAACUCCACGUAUGUAGCUCAAGGUCUCCAACAUGUUCAGCCUCUCCCCACCUCUUCCUUUAAGGUGGAUCAAGAUUUUCCAGUCCUUUGAUGUGCAAGUAGCUUUUAACCUUCCAUGUUGAGACUGGUAUCUUCUCCCCUCACAUAAAAGCCUCCAUUAUGCAACUCGUACAUCAAGUUGGCCAUGACUCAUUUAAAAGGAUACUUCAAGUUUUGGAGCUACAGUUCAUGCAAGAGAACAACUGCAUGUCUUAAAGUCAUCCUUCAACAUGACUUUUACACACAGCUACAGCUGCUUGUUGUUAGGUGUGUUCACACUCAAAUUCUGCAAAGCUUCAGGUAACUUCAAAAACAAAAAUACAAUAACCUGCAGUCUGAAGUCAUGACACUGUCCGUUUUUAGGGCACCACAGAUUCUUGCUGGCAAAAGCAUAAUUGUUGCAGUAGUAAUCUACAGAGAAGACAGAUUCUGAAACCCCAGAAAUUUAUUUGAAUUGAAGAAUUAGUUUAAGGUACCCAGAAAUGCUAGUGUUGACAUUUAGCUUGUCUUUAGACACCCAAUUUCAAUUAAUAGUUCAGUUAAUACUACAGGGUCUAUUUACAAACUGUCACUGAUUCAGUUUAUUUGGUUCAGAUUUUUCAGUCAAAGAAUGGUAGAUUCUGUAGUACAGGUGCACUGUACCAGAUUUCAGUCUCACAAGACUUUAAUACAGAUACUAGUCAGCUGAUACUUACCACCAUGGUGCGUCCAAUAAUGGACUGCGAUCCCGUAAGAGAAAUUAAAGAAUCUUUAAUACACACUUCCGCCACACCUUCUUUAUUAGCAAUCACAUUGCCAAGAUCGCCAACAUGCCUAGAAUACACAGAAAUAGAAGUCAUUUGAGUCUUGAGACAUUAAGUCUGAAUCAUUUGCCAGUAGAAAAGGUAUUAGCUUCUCCAUGUAGCGAGCAACAUGGUGUUAGAUUCCUGUUUUCUUGUUUAAUGCAAAUGACAACUCAACUUUUGUACCAGGUUUUGAACUGGAGUAAAACAUGCCACCUAACCCCACCAUCUCCCCAACUUAAGUCCUCACACUAUUUAAAAGAAUCAGAUAUUGAAGGAUAAGGGAAAUCUGCCAACAUGUUUAACUUCAGUCCCAGGCAGAGCUCUGGAGACCACUAAGUAUAGCUACUAUUUCAAACUAAGACAGGUGGCAGUCCAGCCUACAAAAUCUUUUCAAAAUGCAUCAAAACUCACCAGCUGGUAAAGUUGAUCUGCCCACACUUACCAUACUGUAACAUUUACUAUGUACUCAAAUGUUAUUAAUCUGAAGUAGGCAGAACUGUAAACUGGCUUACUGACAUGGGCAUAAGUAGCCACACUUUUAAAGCUUUUGAUACAGUACCACAAUAUUUGCUGUGAACAGCUAUUUGAAUCAAAGCAAGCUGCCAGCUGAGA